UGGGGAAGAGAGCAGGCAAGAUGUGAAGGCACUGAGGAGAGAAAAAAGGGGGAGACGUCGAUGCAAAAACCACUGAACACUGAUAUAAGACGUUUCCCUGCGUGCUAGUGUGGCUUUUGUGGUGAAACCAAGCGAUUAAAGGGGAUUUAUUUCGCUGUUAAAGACGGUUCUUCUUGAGGGCUGGGUGUGUUGGCUGGUGUUUUUGGUCACCGCGGGGAUUCAUGGGUCUUUGCUGUUCUGAUGCCUGAGCCUGGUGCUGCAGCAGUAGCCACCAUUAUGGCCGGCCUUUUUGCCACAGGCUUUGACCACAUCUGCUUCCCUGCCAUGGAAAAGCCUCCUCGGGUCUCCUCGGCCUUUCACUGAGAGAGACACAGCAGCACUCAGAGAAGAUGAGAGGAGGCAGAAGCAGGGACACUGGAUCGAGGAGAGGAGCAGGGACCCAGGCAGAGAGAAAGCAGAUGAGACAAGGAGAGAGAAAGCAAGCAAGCGAGCGCGCAUGAGAGAGAGAGAGUGUGUGUGAGAAGGCAGAGAGAGAAAGCGGGAGAGGAGGAGAGGGGGAGGUAGAGCGGGAAAGGAAAGAGCAGAGCAGUGCUGCAGAAUGGGGUAGAACGGAGAGGCAGAAUCAGAAAGAGGCCAGGGUUUUAGAUCUGUUCUGUAAGACCAUGGGCGACAUGAAAACCCCGGACUUUGAUGAUCUGCUUGCGGCCUUUGACAUUCCUGACAUGGUCGAUCCCAAGGCUGCCAUUGAAUCUGGCCAUGAAGACCAUGGGCAGCUAAAACAUAACGUCCACCAUGACGAUGACUCCCAUGUCCCCUCGGCCCCAGAUGUUGGAGUUAGUGUCAUUGUCAAGAAUGUCCGUAACUCUAACGACCACCCACUUUCUGACAAGGAGAUCCAUCCCUCGGUUGGAAAUGGGGUGCACAAUGGGUUCAUGGCAACGUUACCCAACAAAAACAGGUCCAGCAAAGGGAAUAGCAAGCUUCAGAAAAGUGGAAAUCAUGGAACAGAAGUGACUGGCUCCACAGCAAACCAGUUUAGUCCCAUUUCCAGUGCUGAUGAGUAUGAUGAGGAUGACAAGAUUGAAGUGGAUGACCCUGUAGACAGGCAAAACAAUGUACCUUCUUUCAGACCAAAUCCUCUUACAGGACUUUCCUCCUCACAGUCUUCUAAAGCUGUUUCAGGUGAUGGCUCUUCCAAGCCAGGAACUAAUGGCAACUGCAACCAUUCAAAAACUGAAAAGACCAACAGUACACUGGGAAACUCGACCGAUGCUUCAAAGUCAAAAAGAACAGAGGAGCAGCCCAAGGAGGUACUCAAGGCCCAAGAUGGAAAAGAAACAAGGGAACCUGUUGUUGCGUUGAGCAUGACAAAUAUCUCUCAAGCCAAGGCCAAGUCCUCGGCCAAGCUCUCGUCGUGCAUUGCUGCGAUUGCUGCUCUUAGUGCAAAGAAGGCUGGCACAGACUCAACAGCCCCUGAGCCUUUAGCCAGUAAACAAGACUCUCCCAGGGAGGCCAAGGAGAGCCCAAAGAUGACAGAAAGGCCUCCAGAGCAAGAAUCAGCCCUGGAGCUUGCCAAGAAAAUGGUCUCAAAACAACCCGAGAGCCCUUGCAGCGUUACCAGCGAGAACAGCAGUAAGGGGUCUCCCUCGUCCCCUGCAGGAUCCACCCCUGUCAUUCCUAAAGUCCGCAUUAAAACCAUUAAAACGUCUUCUGGUCAGAUCAAAAGGACUGUCACUAGAGUACUGCCUGAGUUUGACCCUGAAGGUCUGAAGAAGGGUAUCGACACAGGAUCUAUUGUAGUGUCUUCCCUCCUGUCCUCCCCAACUUCAUCCUCCGUUUUCUCGUCUUCUGGUCGGACACUACCCACCACAGUUGUAGCAACUUCUGCAGGCUCUGCAAUUGAAGUUACAAAGCAAAUGACCAUUAAACCUGUCGCUACUGCCUUCUUACCCGUCUCUGCGGUCAAAACAGCCGGUUCUCAGGUAAUCAACUUGAAACUGGCCAACAACACAACAGUAAAAGCUACAGUAAUUCCUGCCGCAUCAGUUCAGAGCGCCAGCAGUGCCAUCCUCAAAGCUGCCAAUGCUAUCCAGCAACAAACUGUCAUGGUGCCUGCUUCUAGCCUAACCAACACUAAACUUGUGCCAAAGACUGUCCAUCUCACCAACCUGAACCUUCUUCCCCAGACUGCAUCAGCUUCUGAGCUCCAUCAGGUCCUGUCCAAAUCCCAGCAACCCAUUAAGCAAGCCAUGAUGGCCGGCCAGACUUCUAAGAAAGUGUCCCGGGUGCAGGUCUUGGCCAGCUCCCAGAGUUCAGUCGUUGAAGCUUUCAACAAGGUCCUGAGCAGCAUCAAUCCUGUGCCAGUGUACGUGCCCAACCUUAGUCCUCCUUCCUCAGCUUGUAUCUCUCUGCCAUCCCGUGGCUACAAAUGUCUAGAAUGUGGCGACUCCUUCGCACUAGAGAAAAGCCUAACUCAGCAUUACGACCGAAGAAGUGUCCGUAUUGAAGUUACGUGCAACCACUGCGCCAAGAACUUGGUCUUCUACAAUAAGUGCAGCCUCCUCUCACAUGCCAGAAGCCACAAGGACAAAGGGGUUGUAAUGCAGUGUUCUCAUCUCAUUCUGAAGCCCAUCCCUGCCGACCAGAUGAUAUUAGCCCCAUCAGUUACCUCCAGUGCCCCCAUUUCCACAUCAAGCCAUGGUUCUUUAUCUGGCGGAAGUCAGGGAAAGAGCGACACAACGACUGUCAUUUCUGCACCCACUACAGCUCCAGCAGUCGCCGCCAUGCCUCUGGACGAAGAUGCCUCCAGAGUGUGUCGGUCAAAUCUUAAAUGCUUGGAGUGUAAUGAAGUGUUUCAGGAGGAGUCUUCUCUAGCCAUGCACUAUCAACAGGCUACUGAGUUGAAUGGACAGAAAACCUGCACCAUCUGCCAAAUGCUGCUUCCAAACCAGUGCAGCUUUGCCUCCCACCAGCGAAUCCAUCAGCACAAGUCUCCGUACAUCUGCCCUGAGUGCGGCGCCAUCUGUCGAUCCGUCCACUUUCAGUCCCACGUCACUAAAAACUGCCUACACUACACGCGGCGCGUGGGCUACCGAUGUAUCCACUGUAGUGUCAUCUUUGCUGAUGUCGCUGCCCUCAAGUCCCACAUCCAGAGUGCCCACUGUGAGAUCUUCUACAAAUGCCCCAUCUGUCCCAUGGCCUUCAAAUCUGCUCCAGGCACUCAUUCCCAUGCAUACACUCAGCACCCAGGGGUGAAGAUUGGAGAACCCAAGUUGAUCUACAAAUGCUCCAUGUGUGACACCGUCUUCACCCAGCAAACUUUGCUCUUCACCCACUUUGAUCAGCACAUAUCCAAUCAGAAAGUGUCUAUCUUUAAAUGCCCGGACUGCUCCAUGCACUACGCCCAAAAGCAGCUCAUGUUGGAGCACAUUAAGUCCACACAUGGCACCUUAAAGUCCGUUGAGGGUCCUCCCAACCUGGGUAUCAAUCUGCCUCUCAGCAGCAAGCCUAUUAACUCUAUGACCCCAACGCCCAACAGCAAAGAGGGGGCUGCUCUCAAUGGCCUAGAGAAGGGUGACAAGAAGCCCCCCUCCACCAUCAAGAAGACCAGUAAUGACACUGACCUCAAAAAAGCCCCACCCUCUUCUGCGUCAUCUUCAUGCCCUGGCUGGACCUGCAAGGAAUGCGACCGUCUCUUCACACAGAGAGAAGUUUUCAUCGCACAUAUGAAGAGAGAGCAUGGCAAGCAACUCAAGAAACAUCCGUGUCGUCAGUGUGACAAGUCCUUCAGCUCCUCCCACAGUCUGUGCAGACACAAUCGGAUCAAGCAUAAAGGAGUCCGGAAGGUCUAUUCUUGUUCACACUGUCCGGACUCCAGCCGCUCUUUCACUAAGAGACUGAUGCUGGAGAAACACAUUCAGCUGGUUCACCGAAUAAAGGAAAAGGAAGGAAAACCAGCAGUGGAGCCCAAGAGCACGGAGGAAUCCACCGCUAAAGGCCAGGUACGCAGUCCAAAGCGUAAGCUCAGCUCUGAAGGCGAGGGCACGGAGGAAGCGGGCGAGUGCACUGAGAAAGACCGAGGCGCAGGGCUUCCCAGCAAGCGCUGCAGGGACUCGACCUCACAGCCUCUAAAGAAACUGAAGGUGAACGUGUUCAAAACGCACAAGUGCGCCGUGUGCAGCUUCACCACCGAGGACCUGGUGCGCUUCCACGAGCACAUUCCACAGCACAAGAGCGACGGCUCGUCCUUCCAGUGCCGCGAGUGCGGCCUCUGCUACACCUCGCACCACUCGCUCGCCCGCCACCUCUUCAUCGUGCACAAGCUGAAGGAGCCGCCGGGACUCGGGCGCCACAGCGGCCAGCAGGAGAACACGCCGGCCCCCGAGGACACGCGCGGCAUCCCGGACACGCAGUGCAAAGUGUGCGCCAAGACCUUCGAGACUGAGGCAGCCUUAAACACACACAUGCGGACACACGGCAUGGCCUUCAUCAAGUCCAAGAGGAUGAGCACGGCUGAGAAGUAAAAAACAAACAAACAAUCAAACAAACACAAAACUGGGAUGUGAUGGGAUGGUAGCACUACUGCCCCCUUGUGGAAGGGUGGUUUUAAAAAAAAAUGUGAAAACCAAGAAAAAGGAUGGUAUAAGGUUGUCGUAAAGAUGAAGCUACAGCUGAAUGAUGAGUCUACAUACGCUCACAUAUAAAAACAAACAUAUACAUAUAUAAAUACACAUAUAUAUGAGAAAUGUAUAUUAUACACACAAAAACGUGCUUGUGUGUUUAAAUAUAUAUGUAAUAUAUUGAAAGUGGAUUUAUGUGUAUUUAAAUAUCUAUGAGAACACAUUUUGUACACUUUAUGAUAGAUGUUUGUAUGGGUGUUGUAUAGAUCUUUUUUAUAGGAUAUUUUGUGUUCGUUUUAGUUUCUUCUAGAACGCUCCGUUUGUUGUGCUCUCGAUCGAGCAGGACAUUAUUGUUGAACACUUAUUGUUGUUUUCGGGUUCGAUUUACAGACCAGUGUAAUUGGCGAAGUUCUAGUCCCUUAACUGCUGCUGGAUUCUGCAGAAUUCCCCCCCCCCCCCCCC